CUGGCCUUCCCGAGAGUUAUAAUCGAGGGCUGCCGCCCCUCUCCUGCUUCACCUCGACGCAUGUGCUCUCUUCCUCAUCGUACUCAGGCCAAAACUCUCACACAGUGAUAGGCACAGGACAGCACAAGCAAACCACCACCUUCGGACCAUUCCAAGCUCUGCGAACACCCAAUACCUACCGACCAACAUGACCAAGCAACACUUGCCCAAGCCGCACGACCCGUCUGGCGUCACCGACAAGGCCGUCGACAACGCCCACGACUUCAUCGAGACGACCGAGGCCCAGGAGCACAAGCUCCACCCCGAUGCCCAGCUCGACCGCGGCGAGGCCAACUCCGACGCCGGCAAGGGCCUCGGAACCCAAGGCGAGGGCGGCGGCCAACAAAAGUCCAAGAUGGACACAAUCAAGGAGGCGCUGCAUCUAAAGAAGUAAAAGCGGUCCCCGGUGGUGCCAACGCGGGGACCUUUGCCCAACUUUUCUGUAGCUGCACAUGAGGGCCCGACUGUAGCAAAAGAGAUUGUAUACUUAAUUAGCUAAGCCCUUUAUCCAUUCUAUAUAAUUCCCAGGCUCGAAAGCCUUCUGUUUCGUCCAG